CUUCCUAGGGAUGCGCAUCCGGGUCGCGCUAACGCCGCGGUUUCCUCUACCGUGUUGGUAGCACAGCGGCUCUGUGCCGGUCCCCAUGUCCUGCUGUGGGGCGUCUGCAGUCUUUCGAUUGUGAAGACUGCAGAGACCUGCAAUCCAGUCACAUACGUUUAAUAAAGAAAUAUUGGUCCUCAUGGAAGAAGAGCAAGAUUUGCCAGAGCAACCAGUGAAAAAAGCCAAGAUGCAGGAACCAGGAGAGCAAACUUUAAGUCAAACAGGCAACCCGGAUGUCAUUGACCAGAAACCUGAAACAUCAAACCUUGCUUCAAACCUUAGUAUGUCAGAGGAAAUUAUGACAUGCACCGAUUACAUCCCUCGCUCAUCCAAUGAUUAUACCUCACAAAUGUAUUCUGCAAAACCUUACACACAUAUCCUCUCAGUUCCUGUUUCGGAAACUGCUUACCCUGGACAGACUCAGUACCAGACACUACAGCAGUCUCAACCUUAUGCCGUCUACCCUCAGGCAACCCAAACAUAUGGACUACCUCCUUUUGGUGCAUUGUGGCCAGGUAUGAAACCCGAAAGUGGUUUAAUUCAGACUCCAUCUCCAAGUCAACACAGUGUUCUUACCUGCACUACAGGGUUAACCACAAGCCAGCCAAGCCCAGCACAUUAUUCUUAUCCCAUUCAAGCUUCAAGCACAAAUGCCAGCCUGAUAUCCACUUCUGCAAUGGCCAAUAUUCCAGCAGCAGCAGUGGCCAGCAUCUCAAACCAGGACUAUCCCACCUACACUAUUCUUGGACAGAAUCAGUACCAGGCCUGCUAUCCCAGUUCCAGCUUUGGAGUCACAGGCCAGAAUAACAGUGAUGCUGAGAGUACCACGCUAGCAGCUACUACAUACCAAGCAGAGAAGCCUGGUGCCAUGACACCUGCUCCAGCAGCUCAGAGACUUUCCUCUGCAGACCCUUCUACAAGCCCAUCUUUGUCCCAGACAACACCAAGUAAAGACACUGAUGACCAGUCCAGGAAAAACAUGACUGGCAAGAACCGGGGCAAGAGGAAAGCUGACGCCAGCUCCUCCCAGGACAGUGAAUUAGAAAGGGUAUUUUUGUGGGACUUGGAUGAAACCAUCAUCAUAUUCCAUUCCCUUCUUACUGGAUCCUAUGCCCAGAAGUAUGGAAAGGAUCCAACAGUAGUGAUUGGCUCAGGUUUAACAAUGGAAGAAAUGAUUUUUGAAGUGGCUGAUACACAUCUGUUUUUCAAUGACUUAGAGGAAUGUGACCAGGUACAUGUGGAAGAUGUGGCUUCUGAUGACAACGGCCAAGACUUGAGCAACUAUAGUUUCUCAACAGAUGGUUUCAGUGGCUCAGGUGGCAGUGGCGGCCAUGGUUCAUCUGUGGGUGUCCAGGGUGGUGUGGACUGGAUGAGGAAGCUGGCUUUCCGCUACCGAAAAGUGAGAGAAAUCUAUGAUAAGCAUAAAAGUAACGUGGGUGGCCUCCUCAGUCCCCAGAGAAAGGAAGCGCUGCAGAGAUUAAGAGCAGAAAUUGAAGUUUUAACAGAUUCCUGGUUAGGAACUGCAUUAAAAUCCUUGCUUCUCAUCCAGUCCAGGAAGAACUGUGUGAAUGUUCUAAUUACUACCACCCAACUGGUUCCGGCUCUGGCCAAGGUUCUCCUGUAUGGACUAGGAGAAAUAUUUCCUAUUGAAAACAUCUAUAGUGCUACCAAAAUUGGUAAGGAGAGCUGCUUUGAAAGAAUAGUGUCCAGGUUUGGAAAGAAAGUCACAUAUGUAGUGAUUGGAGAUGGACGAGAUGAAGAAAUUGCAGCCAAACAGCACAACAUGCCCUUCUGGAGGAUCACAAACCACGGAGACCUUGUGUCCCUUCACCAGGCCUUGGAGCUGGACUUUCUCUAAAAACUGGAAAGUGGAGCCUUCCUUGUGAACUCAAGGAGCCAGAGGCCAGAACCAACAGAACACUCUCUCCCUCUCUCCCUCUCCCUCUCCCUCCCUCCCUCUCUCCCUCUCCCUCCCUCCCUCCCUC